CUGCAUCGUCGAACGCGGUUUAAAAAUUCAUUUUCACAUUGAAACUACCAAACAUGACCUCUACCGACCAUAGCUUAAAAUUCGCCUAUGUUGGCCUCGGAGAGAUGGGAAGCGCAAUGGCGCAAAACCUCCAAAACUGGCUGGCAAAGAAUGGACAUCCAAGCCCACUUAUGGUGUGGAACCGGUCAGCAGCCAAAGCCCAACAGCUUUCUGGUGUGAAGGUAGCAGAGACACUUGAAGAGGUUGCUCAGUACGCCAACAUCGUCUUCUCUUGUCUAUUGAACGAUCAAGCUGUCCGCGACUGUUAUGACCAACUAUUCAAGCAUUUACCUCAAGGCAAAAAAACUAUUUUCUGUGAGAUGAGCACCAUCGCUCCUAAACUUACCUGUGAUCUCCAUACCCAAGCGACUGAACUCGGCGCUGGCCUUAUAGCUACACCAAUCUUCGGUCUUCCACCAAAGGCCCGCGCAGCAGAACUGAUUAUUAUCAAAGCUGGAGAUCUCAAGCUGAGAGAAAUCGUAAGCCCAUACCUCAUCCCAGCUAUGGGUAACAAGACAAUCGAAUGUGGAGAAGAUGUUGGCGAGGCAUUGAAAAUGAAACUAAGUGGUAACUCCAUGGUCCUGGGUUUUGCCCAAGUCAUGGCUGACGGUUUGACUUUGGCAGCUGCGUCUGGGGUUGGACAAGACAAAGUUGUUUCAUUCAUAGAGGGCAUGUACCCAAACACACCCUUGGUUGCUUAUGUGAAGAAAAUGGCUGCAAGUGAAUAUGCAAAUAUCUCCUUCCGUGUUGCAGGAGUUAAGAAGGACCUUAAACAUAUUAUCGAGCUUGGUGCCGAAUACAAUAUAGAUCUGUCGGCUCAGAGAGCUAUGUACAGCAACUUUGAAGAAGUCGAGAAAUUGAAGGGAGAUAAUCUUGAUAUCACUAGCGUGGUUGGAGCCGUACGUAGCAAAGCUGGACUUGAUUUUGAUUUGGACAAGAAGGAAUAAAAUAUUUAUCAG